AUGGUGUUCGGAAUCUGGUUGAGCUCUGCAAGCAAUUCAAAGGAGGCUCUCGUCGCCAAGUUCAGUUUGACCUCGGCGGAGACCAAGAAGGAGAUCCCGGCCGCUCCCCAGGAGGUUCAGGCGGCCACUGACGCCAAGCCGAAGGAGGUCGAAGCGUUAUCUAUCGUCGAGGCCACCCACCCCGCCUCCGACGCUGAAGCGGCAUCUCCUGAGAACUCGGACGCUCCCGCCCCGAAGGAUCGUGAGGUUCCCCUUGAUGAGUCCAAUGAAGCCCCGGCGCAGCCUGUUCCCCCGGUCUUGACCCCCUCUUCCACCGCGACGUCGAACUCAACAUCUGCGUCGGUAUCAGAGGCACCCCCAAAGCCAAAUGCGCAGAAGCGUUUCUCUUGGCGUUCUCUGGUGCAGCCCAAGGGCGUCCAUGAUCCCAAGCCAUCCCUUCCGUCCCACCGCGAGGAAGCCGCCAAGGAGGCGAUCGCCCGCCAGGAGUACGUCGAGCACAAGAUUCUUCUCUCUCGCUCAGAUAAGCGCGCUCGGGAGUCCGCGCUCGUCGUCCGCGAUCUUAUCGUCGGGCCGUUCGCGGCGCCGUCUCUCGCUCCGCCGAAGAACACCAGGGUAGCGGUUACUGGAGCAGCGGCCACGAACGCCCAGAAGGUCCGCAAGGUGAAGCAGCAGCUGCUAGAGCCCAAGUCCGCCCAGAAGGUCAUCGAGCAGCUCCGCCAGUUGCCCAGCUCGGACGUCCCUGUGGCGAAGACAGUGGAGGGAGUGCAGAUCGCAGUGCUCUUCCAGGGUCCAAUCCACGCUGUAUGCUUGUCGUGCUCCGACGAGGAGGCUCACACGAAGCACUUCGCGAAGCUGGACAAGGUCGCCGCGUCUUCCGAGCGCCACGAAGGUCAUACCAGGGAACGUACCCUCGCGGCAGACAUCGCGAGCGUCACCAUCACCUCCCUUGACAAGAUUCGAUCUGUUUUGGGCGACCUUAACAUCGUGAGCCUCAUCGCAACUCCGGGACUGGGCUUCGGCGAUCCGGUCGGGUCUCCUGGCAUUCUGGCUGGUGCAGUUCCUACGGCGAAGGCUGUUCUCGCAGGCGUUCAAGAGUUCACCCCCCAACUUCUGGCGCUCGGAUACGCGACCGGCCAAUCCAUCCUUCCGUCCCAUGAAGGCCUAUACCCUCCGACCGACCGGAUGUCUGUCAUUACAUAUUGGUGGGGGCUCGAAAUCGUGAUUCCAGAGCCGUCCGUGAAGUACCUCGGGAACGUGCCUUCCAUCGCGCACACGGCGAUCAACUUCCUCACCGCACUCUCUGUCGCCAACGACGGCGUCCGUGAGAUCAUGCCCUUCGUUCGGUACAUCUCCCAGUACAUCGACGCGGAGUUCAAUUCGAUUCAGCAGCAAGACAAGGGCAAGGGCGUUGUGUGCGCCGCGACUGGUGAUGCCCGCCGCGCUCGUGCCCCGGCCCUGGGACUUCCCCGCCGCUCCGCCGUGAGCUCACAGCCUGUGGACCCCAAGCAGCCGGCGACGCCCUUGGAUCCCAAGCAGUCCGGACCAGGGCCCAUCCUGUUCGACCCUCCGCUUCCGAGCCCCGGACUGGGACUGGGACCCAUGGGCGUCGCGUCGGUGGAGGGGCAGACGAAUCGGGAGCCGUCUGAUGGCGUGCCCGGCCUCACGGUGACGCCCCCUACUCCGCCGGUCUCUCAAGUUCUGGAGCAGGCGGGGGCAGCACAGGCACCGGCCGUCGCACCGCAAGGCAAGGCGGAAGCGUCGGCUACUUGCGCCGCUCCCGCGACGUCGCCCACGGAGAAGGCGGGGGAGGUGAACGUGGCGGCCGCAUAA